AUGGUCGUGAACGCCACUGCGGCAGUAGUAAAUCCAGCGGAAGAUGUUUGUGUGGUACUAGCAACAGUAGUUGACGUUGAUGAGGUAGUGUCCACAACACUGGUCGAGGCUGCUGUAGUAGCAACGGCAGUUGACGAGGGUGUGGUGGUGGACACAACACUAAUCGGUGCUGGUGUAGUAGCAACGGCAGUUGACGUUGGCGUGAUGGUGGACACAACACUAAUCGAUGCUGGUGUAGUUGCCUCUGCAGUAGUCGAUGCUAAUGUGGUGGCCUCUCCAGUAGUCGAAGCUGGUGUGGUGGCCUCCACAGUAGUCGAAGCUGGUGUGGUCGCCACAACAGUAGUUGCUGCUGGUGUAGUAGCCUCUACAGUAGUCGAAGCUGGUGUGGUAGAAGCCUCUACAGUAGUCGGAGCUGGCGUAGUAGCCUCUACAGUAGUCGAAGCUGGUGUGGUAGAAGCCUCUACAGUAGUCGGAGCUGGUGUAGUAGCCUCUACAGUAGUCGGAGCUGGUGUGGUAGAAGCCUCUACAGUAGUCGAUGCUGGUGUGGUAGAAGCCUCUACAGUAGUCGAUGCUGGUGUGGUGGCCUCUGCAGAAGUCGGCGCUGGUGUGGUAGUAGCCUCAGCAGUAGUCGAAGUUGGUGUGGUCGCCACAACAGUAGUUGUUGCUGAUGUGGUGGCCUCUCCAGUAGUCGAAGCUGGUGUGGUGGAAGCCUCUACAGUACUCGGAGCUGGUGUAGAAGCCUCUACAGUAGUCGGAGCUGGUGUAGAAGCCUCUACAGUACUCGGAGCUGGUGUAGUAGCCUCUACAGUAGUCGAUGCUGGUGUGGUAGUAGCCUCUACAGUAGUCGAAGCUGGUGUGGUAGUAGCCUCUAUAGUAGUCGGAGCUGGUGUAGUAGCCUCUACAGUAGUCGAUGCUGGUGUGGUAGAAGCCUCUACAGUAGUCAAUGCUGGUGUGGUAGAAGCCUCUACAGUAGUCGGAGCUGGUGUGGUAGAAGCCUCUACAGUAGUCGGAGCUGGUGUGGUAGAAGCCUCUACAGUAGUCGAUGCUGGUGUGGUAGAAGCCUCUACAGUAGUCGAUGCUGGUGUGGUAGAAGCCUCUACAGUAGUCGGAGAUGGUGUAGUAGCCUCUACAGUAGUCGAAGCUGGUGUCGUAGAAGCCUCUACAGUAGUCGGAGCUGGUGUAGUAGCCUCUACAGUAGUCGGAGCUGGUGUGGUAGUAGCCUCAGCAGUAGUCGAAGCUGGUGUGGUAGUAGCCUCUACAGUAGUCGAUGCUGGUGUGGUAGAAGCCUCUACAGUAGUCGAUGCUGGUGUGGUAGAAGCCUCUACAGUAGUCGGAGCUGGUGUGGUAGUAGCCUCUACAGUAGUCGAUGCUGGUGUGGUAGAAGCCUCUACAGUAGUCGAUGCUGAUGUGGUAGAAACCUCUACAGUAGUCGGAGCUGGUGUGGUAGUAGCCUCAGCAGUCGUCGAUGGUGGUGUGGUAGAAGCCUCUACAGUAGUCGAUGCUGAUGUGGUAGAAGCCUCUACAGUAGUCGGAGCUGGUGUGGUAGAAGCCUCUACAGUAGUCGGAGCUGGUGUGGUAGUAGCCUCAGCAGUCGUCGAACCUGGUGUGGAAGUAGCCCCAGCAGUGGUGGACGCUGUUAUGGUGGUGACCACUGCCCUAGUGGUCACGACGGUAGUCGAUGGUAUUGAAGUGGUAGGUGUCACAGAGAUAGUCGUUGCCGAUGUGCUCACCGUCUGCACCGUCGUGUCGCUUGUGGUAGAAUCAGCGCAAGAGCAAGGAGUGUUUGAAAUGUGGCAAACACUCGGUGACUUCCAGUACUUACAGUAA